UGGAGUCAGCCAAUGCCUGACAUACUAUGCACAGCCCACCAAUGACAACACGGAUAUGGCGUCGUGGGCGGGGCUUUGCUCUAAACUGGUGUAAGAGCAGCGCCUAUUAGUAGCGUCCUCACUGUCACAGCCUGCGCCUCCGCCUCCCUCUGGUUUCAUUCAUUCGUUUUUUUCAUUCACUGAGGUAGUGAGGCCUACUCGAAAGCCAUGGAGAGCGCUCUCCCAGCCGCCGGCUUCCUGUAUUGGGUGGGCGCGGGCACUGUUGCCUACCUGGCCCUGCGCAUCUCGUACUCGCUGUUCACCGCCCUUCGGGUCUGGGGCAUGAGUCACGAGGCAGGGGUCGGCCCCGGGCUCGGUGAAUGGGCAGUUGUCACAGGUAGUACUGAUGGAAUUGGAAAAUCAUAUGCAGAAGAGUUAGCAAAGCUUGGAAUGAAGGUGGUCCUUAUGAGCAGAUCACAGGAUAAAUUGAACCAGGUUUCCAGUGAAAUAAAAGAAAAAUUCAAAGUGGAGACAAGAACCAUUGCUGUUGACUUUACCUCAGAAGAUAUUUAUGACAAAAUUAAAACAGGCUUGGCUGGUCUUGAAAUUGGCGUAUUAGUGAACAACGUGGGAAUGGCAUACGAGUAUCCUGAAUACUUUCUGGACAUUCCUGACUUGGACAAUACCAUCAAGAAGCUGAUAACUGUUAAUGUUCUUUCAGUUUGUAAGAUGACACGCUUGGUGCUGCCUGGCAUGGUAGAAAGAUCGAAAGGGGCAAUUCUGAAUAUCUCAUCUGGCUCUGGCAUGUUACCAGUUCCACUGCUGACCAUCUACUCUGCAACCAAGGCUUUUGUAGAUUUCUUUUCCCGGUGCCUUCAUGAGGAGUAUGGGAGCAAAGGCAUCUUUGUGCAGAGCGUCCUGCCAUUCUUCGUAGCCACAAAAUUGGCUAAAAUCAGAAAGCCAACUUUGGAUAAACCCUCUUCGGAGACAUUUGUGAAGUCUGCAAUUAAAACAGUAGGAUUGCAAUCCCGGACCAAUGGAUACCCAAUCCAUUCUCUUAUGGGCUUGGUAUUCUCAAUCCUGCCUCCUUGGAUUUAUUACAAGAUAACUAUAAGUUUCAACAAGUCCACACGGGCUCUCUAUCUGAAGAAAACCAAGAAGAACUAAGCACUGAUAACCAUACUGAGUAACUGGGUCAGAUGCUCUAGCCUGUGCCUAUUCACUGCAUGGCACUCCAGCGGUCUUUAAAGUCUAUACUUGUCAUUUUAGUAGUUCUAAAACUAACAUGCCUAAAUAUUGUCUUAAUUGGGAGGAAAACAGAAGUUGUUUUUAGGAGUUUCUGACAUUUAUUCUGGCUACUACUAGGAGUAAUUUUGACGUUUAACAUAAAUGCUUAUAUCAAAUGAAUAUAGAAUUAAUACUACCAAAAAAACUUAAUAGGAAGAAACAUGAUUAUAGUAAAUCAUGGAAUAAGAGAGUCCAAAAUAAAACUCAACAGUUUUACCUGGUCCAUAAUGCCAAUGAUCAUUGUAUUUUCUCUGAAACUGAUUAUAAAAAGCAAUGUCUAGAUAUCCUUUUUUUGUUUUUAAUACUUUGAAGGAAUGGAGAUUGAUUUGCUUAUGGCACACUGCAAUUCACAAAUAGCUCUAUAAAGUUUUAUAAAAGUAUACUCCAAUUUAUACAUUUAUAUGGAACUUUUCUUUCUCAAAGUAGCUAAUGACAUAAAAAUAAUUGUGAAAUAUAGACUUAUUUCUGAUACAUGAAGCCCUACUAUGCUUUCCUGUAAUGCAUUUUUCUUCUCACUUUAAAUAUAUGUAAAUACCAAAAGCUAUGCGGCAUGAUAUAUAAAGGUAAACGAACCACAGUGUACAUGGAGACUGGCAGCCAUCUCUGAUGUCACUGAAACUCUGACCCAGGAGAGUAGCCUGCUUAGACCUCUAGUCUUCUUUGUUUCUUCACUGAACCAAUAUUGCUCACAAAUGUACCACAGGCUAUUCCUAUAAAAGUAAUGAUAUCAUUGAAAUGAGAUGCUAUUUAAAUUGGUACCCAUUAGGCACUGUUAUAAUUAGUUUUUUUCUUAAUUAAAUCAUAGCUGUGUACAUUAAUGCAAUCAUGGGGUACAAUGUGCUGGUUUUAUAUACAAUUUGAAAUAUUUUCAUCUAACUUGUUAACAUAGUCUUCAUCGCAUUUUCUUAGUUAUUGUGUUAAGACAUUUAUAUUCUACAUUUAGUAAAUUUCACAUGUACCCUUGUAAGAUGCACCAUAGCUGUGGUCCCAAUAAUUACCCUCCCUCCAACCAUCUUCCCCCCUCCCCUCCCUUUCUCCUUUUCCCAUAUUCUUGGGCUAUAAUUGGGUUAUGGCCUUCACAUGAAAGCUAUAAUUUAGUUUCAUAGUAGGUCUGAGUACAUUGGAUACUUUUUCUUCCAUUCUUGAGAUACUUUGCUAAGAAGAAUACGUUCCAGCUCCAUCCAUGUAAACAUGAAAGAGGUAUAGUCUCCAUCUUUCUUUAAGGCUGCAUAAUAUUCCAUGGUGUACAUAUACCAUGAUUUAUUAAUCCAUUCGUGGGUCGAGGGGCACUUGGGUAUCUUCCAUGACUUAGCAAUUAUGAGUUGGGAUGCAAUAAACAUUUUGGUACAAAUAUC